UGCAAGGUGGUCAUUUCCCUCAUCGACUAACAAGGCCAACCCUAUGACCGAUGAAACGUCUCUAUUUUCGAUUGGCCAGCCAGACCAGCUAGGACGGGCUAGGGAAUACUGGCUCUGUGUUCUACAUUCUACUGUGUUCUAUCAGUCCGGGGCUCGGAACCGGGAGCACGGAACAAGGCCAGGUUACGAUCGAGGACAUCGAAGGACACCUGCAGUCCUGUUUGUAGUUCAGGACAAACGCGAGGGCGAGACAGAGCGCAGAGGUGACUGAAGAGAGAGAGAGAGCAGAGCGUUUGCUUUUCAGCACGUCUCAGACAUGGCUGAAAUGAUGGACAGAAGCUUGCUGGACCUGGACCGGGGUGCUCAAGCCCCAGGAGUGAUGGAGAUCAUCGGGGGGCUCGGGCUCCUUCAGUCCCUGGAGGAUGCAGUGGAGGCUGCCGCCGGGGCACUGGACAGCCCGUGGGGGGACCUCGAUGCCUUCGUGGAGGACAGAGGCACGUCCGAGGGGGUCUCGCCGGAAACGGAGACCAACGCUGUGGACCUCGCUGAAGUGAACAACGACGAAACCCGGGGGGACCCCCUGGUCGCUUCGUCGGCGGGCGAGAGCGAGGCGGCGUCCCCAGAUGAGAACGGCGCGCCCCUAAAGGAGGGGCUCCCCAACUCUGAAACAGACCCUCUGGCGGAGGUCCACAAAACCUCAGCCCAAGGAUCCGCUGUUGAAAGCCCUGCCAUUCCCACUGAAUGCCUGACAGAACCCCAGACACAGCCAGACCUGGAGCUCUGCACGCAGGACGCCUCUGGGAACAGUGGAGACUUGGUGACAUCAGAGGAGCAGGUGGAAGAGCUGACGAUGUCAGAGGCAAAGGCCAUGCCCAUGCCAGGUGGAGAGGAGACUCAGCUGAAUGGGGCAGGAGGUGCCACAGGAGAGGAGCCCAGGGAGGAGGUGCAGGAUGAUGGCCAAGAAGAGGUUGAGGAGGAGUGUAAGGGAGGUGAAGAGGAGGAGCAGGUGGAAGAAGUGAUGAUGUCAGAGGCAAAGGCCAUGCCCAUGCCAGGUGGAGAGGAGACUCAGCUGAAUGGGGCAGGAGGUGCCACAGGAGAGGAGCCCAGGGAGGAGAUGCAGAGUGAUGGCCAAAAAGUGGCUGAGGAGGAAUGUAAGGGAGGUGAAGAGGAGGAGCAGGUGGAAGAGGUGAUGAUGUCAGAGGCAAAGGCCACGCCCAUGCCAGAUGCAGUGGAGGCCCAGCUAAAUGGGGCAGGAGGGGCCACGGGAGAGGAGCCCAGCAAGGAGGCGCACAGCGACGACCUAGAAGAGGGUGAGGAGGAGUGCAAGGGAGGUGAAGAGGAGGAGCAGGUGGAAGAGGUGAUGAUGUCAGAGGCAAAGGCCACGCCCGUGCCAGAUGGGGAGGAGGCCCAGCUAAACGGGGCAGGAGGCGCCACUGGAGAAGAGCCCAGUGAGGAGGCGCAGAGCGACAGCCUGGAAGAGGUUGAGGAGGAGUGCAAGGAAGGUGAAGAGGAGGAGGAAGAGCAGCAGGAGAACAGCUCCCAAGAUUCCACCUGUUCCCAUGGAAGCAGCUCCCAGCCGACUGGCCGAGGCAGGAGGAAGAAGUCCGUCAGUCGCGCCAACCUCUCCAAGUACAACACGGUCUCCUACCGCACCAUCCGCAAAGGAAACACCAGGCAGAGGAUCGAUGAGUUUGAGUCCAUGAUUCACACCUGAAAGCCAAGGGACAGAAUCAAUCUAGGGGCUCAAUGGUAGAUUGAAGUCCAGAAAAUAACAUUGGAAAUACUGCUGAUGAUGGUAUAAACUUAAAGGCCUUCAUGUUAUCCCGUGACAUCUGAUAUAUUUAUGUGUAUCAUUCAGUGAAGAACUAACGUGCAUUCUUAUAGUAAAGUUUUUCUGUGAAAAUGCUCUGUUGUACGUCUUUAAAUUGUGUAAUUUUCUCUAUUCAGAAUGAGCUCCUUGUGUUUUUUUGGCCAAAUGAUGCGAUGUACUUUUAUAAAAAUCUAUGGGUCAGCUAGGGGUUUGAGAGGAAAUCCAUGCUCGUCUGUACUUGUUUGAAAAUGUCCACAUAAAUAUACAGUCUUUCAAAGUUUGCUUGAGGCUGUGUCAACACAUUGUAAACACAAUUUUACCACAAGGAUUUCAAAUGAAAGUACAAUUAGAAUUAGAAAUGAGAAUGAUGAUUAAAUUAACAUUGUUUUGUCAGCUAUAAACUCCAUUGUGUCUCAUAGGUCUACCACUUGAGCUUUUGAAGGCUGUGUGUUGACCUUAGCAUGGAAAAUGUUCUUAUGGUUAGUUUAAAAUUAUAUUGUAUAUAAUAUGUUUUCCCUGUAGAAUGCUGUUUAGCCUGGACAAUACACUGACGAGUCAAUUUUAAAUUAUAAUGGGCAAAACCAUAUUGUGAGGAGAGGACACAUUGAAGUCAAUAUAGAAAAUGGCAUGUGCUUUCCCAAUGCAUUUUAUUUAGGUAACAAUAAUAAUAAUAAUAAUAAUAAUAGUGAUCAAUUCCUCUUGCACUUUUGGCUGAGAUUAUAUUAUACACAUAAAGCAUAGCUUUAGUUAUCAAUGCUAGAAGCUUGCAGGGAUUACAUGAAAAAAUGUAGAACUUACCUCCUGAAUAUUUCAUGCUUAAGACAGCUUUUUUCCGAUGAUGUUGUGUAAUAGCAUUAUACAACAGCACAACAGUAUAGCAUAAACAAGAGUAGAAACACAGAAUAAGAAUAAUCAUUGUUAAGAAAAUUAAAUCAGAAUGUUCUGAAUAUGAACAGAUCUAACAAGAAAAUAAAAAUGAAAAUUUCUUUCAAAAAAGUCUGUUUUUCAAUCAACAGCGCCCUCUAGUGAUUAAUGGUUGCCUUGAAUUCAGAGAUACUGUAAUAGCAGCAGAAUAAGACCCAAGUAAACCUAAUACCAUUUAUAAUAUCCAGUGACAUUUAGGGAUGAAUGUAUGUGUGUGUGUGUGUGUGUGUGUGUGCAGUUUUGCUUUAUAACAGGCAUACACUGGAGCAGCCGUUCAUCUCAGGGCAGUUGGCUUUUGUUCACAGGAAGUGUUUGAAAUAACCAAGCUUUAAGGACAUUAAUCUUACCAGGAAGUGUGACCAUAGAAGAGAAUGGACUUUCCUACUUUUCUUUUGUAUUCAAAGUCAAAGUGACAAUAAUAGCAUGCACUUGAGGAACACUAAGCAAACUCCACAGCUUCCCAAAGAGUUUGUAACUGCUUUUCAUAAAGAAGUUGUUUUUACCCACUUUCAGACCAACUUUUCUAUUGUACAGUUGUUAUAACUUGCUUCAGAGAAUGUAAAAUGCAGGAAUAACAGUGGCUUGUAUACCACACUACUAAGUGAUGAUGCUGAAUAAAGUUUGGAGGAAAAACAA